AUGUCCGCGUCCGCGCCCCACGCCCACGGGCGCACCCCCGUGCGGCGCAGGGGGCACCAACACCACCCGCGGCUGAGGGGCGACCGCACACCCGCCCCUGCAGCGCCUGUAAACACAGAUCCGUCCAAACAAGUGACCUUAGACAGUCAAACAGACGAUGUUGUGCCUUGUGUCAAUAGUGUUAGUGAAUCUCAAGAAGUGACAAGGACGAAUAGUGACGAUGCACUUUCGAAACAGAAUACAAUCGAGGACUUUGCGAAUAUUGACGAUGAAAUUGAUUUCGAAAAUAGAAUUAAGGACCCCGAGUCGCUUGGUUCCUCGGACGACGAAUUUUCGUUCCGAGAAGAGCGAUCGGCGGGAGACGGAGCCGAGUUCGUUGCUACUGUCACCUCAGAUAAUAUAUCAGAUGAUGACCCUGAGACGGCAGAACUGGCGAAACUCAGGUGUACUAGUGAAUGUACAGAAGUCCUAGCUGAAAGAGAGAAUAGGCGGAGGAGAAGAUGUGCCGAUUAUCCAGGUUUAGCAUUCGGGAGUUCCAUAUUUUCCUCGGACACUAUGAUGAAAUUUUCCAUCAUAAAGAAUGAGUUGCAGAAUAUCAAGAACACUGCACUGAAAAGGGCUGAGUCCGAAGUGGCUGCCCUCAACCGACGCAUCCAACUGCUGGAGGAGGACCUCGAGAGGUCCGAGGAGCGUCUCGCCACCGCCACCGCCAAGCUCUCAGAGGCCAGCCAGGCUGCCGAUGAGUCGGAACGAAUACGGAAGGCGUUGGAGAAUCGAACCAAUAUGGAGGAUGACCGCGUCGCCAUCUUGGAGGCACAGCUGUCGCAGGCCAAGCUCAUCGCCGAAGAGUCCGACAAGAAAUACGAAGAGGUGGCGCGCAAGCUAGUGCUGAUGGAGCAGGACCUCGAGCGGGCCGAGGAGCGCGCCGAACAGAGCGACUGCAAAAUCGUCGAGCUUGAAGAGGAACUCCGUGUCGUUGGUAACAACCUGAAGUCCCUGGAAGUCUCCGAGGAGAAGGCUACGCAAAGAGAAGAGACAUACGAGGGUCAAGUAAAAUUGCUGGACGCUCAACUGAAAGAGGCUGAGGCGCGCGCUGAAUUUGCUGAGCGCUCCGUGCAGAAACUCCAGAAGGAGGUCGACAGGCUUGAAGACGACCUGGUGGCCGAGCGCGAAAAGAGCAAACUCCUGCAGGAGGAGAUGGAGGCCACGCUGCACGACAUACAGAACAUGUGA